CCAUUAAUAAUACGUGCAUACUGCACGUAUUGCCUCGAUACUGCCUUAAUUCACAAGCAUUAUAAGCAAAGAUGGAUAGUGCCCAGCAGUGGAAUCCAGUUUGACACGCGUUUCGUCCGAUGUGGGACUCGUCAACCGGAUAUACUUGCAGAAAUACGUGGAUAAGCUAGCAACGACAAUGAAAACAGGUGUAAGAGAAGGAAAUAUCAGGCAACUAUGUGGUGUAAUGAAGAAACUGAUAGGGAAAUAUAGUAAACCAGAGAGACCGGUCAAGGGAAAACAAAGCAAGCCAAUCAUUGUGAUUAAAAAAGUGGAGGAACACUUCCAGGAACUCUUGAACAGACCAGUCUCACUGAAUCCACCGGAUAUUGAGGCAGCACACACAGACCUUCCUAUAGACGUCAAUUCACCAACGAUCAGAGAAAUCAGGAUGGCCAUCAGACAAAUCAACAGUGGGAAAGCGGCUGGGACAGACGGUAUACCAGCCGAAGCACAAAAGUCAGACAGAGGUAAUUACAAACAUGAUUCACGUUUUGUUUAGGAAGAUUCGGAAAAAGAACAAGUGUCGACAGAGUGGAAAGAAGAAUACUUCAUCAAGAUCGCACAGGAAGAUCUCAGAAAGUGUAAGAACCACAGAGGAAACAUACUAACAUUCGUGCCAAGAAACGCUUCCAACAGAGUGUUGCUGAACCUAAUGAAAGACGCAGUAGAUUCACAACUUCCAGAUCAACAGAUCGGAUUCGUAAGGAUCGGUCGUGCACAGACCGAAUUGAGACACUACGGAUCAUCGCUGAACAACCAAUUAAAUGGAGCACUUCACUACACACCAAAGUCCGUGACUAUGAGAAAACAUUUGACAUUGUGGAUAGGAGAACGUUAUGGAAACUUCUUCGACACUGUGGUGUGCUUGGGAAGAUCGUCAACACCAUCCAGAUACUAUCAGCAACACCCUACUUUGGAAGGGAACAAACCAGCUUUCAGCUGAAGAGGAAAUUAAGAAAGGACAUGGACACUAAAAAAAAGUGCAUUUGAUAGAUGGCACUGAAGCCUUUUGAUAUACAAUACAUUCAUUUUGUUUUAGGUAGCUAUGGAUUUUGAUAGAUGUCUGGAGUGAUUGUUUAGAAAGCCAUUUUCAAUGGGAUAGUAGUGUCCAGUGCGGAUUUGGUGGUAGUACUGAAUGUUUAUAAAGUUUCUUGAAGCUUAUCAAUAGUAAAGAAACUACCCCAACCAAAGUGUUCUAUUGGAAAUUGAAUGUUUCACCAGUCAGUGUGCGCAUAGUCUCUAUUUUAAAAACGCAUAGUUAUCGUCUUGGACUUGUCGCACUUUGCUAGAAACGGUAGAGUGCAGAGGACUAUUUUAUGGUCACUUGUAAAACUUUUCGCCAACCACCAUUGUGGCACUGUGACAAAAUACAAAGUCAAGAAUGUCGUGAUUUUAUGUAGACAGGUGUACAUGUGGCUGCUUAUCACGUAUGUCUAAGUGACUAAGUAUGCUUUCAAAGCACAAUGGGUCAGAGAUUGUCUUCCAGUUGAUAAUGGGAAGACUGAAAUCGCUACAAAUAAUUUUGCAGGCUGAAUCAAGGGAGGCAACCCUAGUAAAUGACUCACUUGUAGUUUCGAU